GAUACACAGUUGUUGGACUCUCCGUCCUGAUGAUUGGUGUGGCACUCCUGUGGGCUUUUGUAGGUAUGUCACCAGCAAUGUCCCUUUCCACAGCCCCAAGUUUGGUCAAUGUUACCAUCCACCAGACAGCUUUGCUGCCGUUCUCCUUUCAGCCUCCAAGCCCUUCCUGGAAAUUCAUUAGCAUCAAAUGGGAAUUUAUCAGCACCAAUGGGAGUGUCCCUAUACUGGUGUACCUACUAGUCAAUUGCAGGGGAAAUGGAACCUCCCUCCAAUGGUGGGAAAGAGAAUGUAACAUUGACAAGGAGGUGGAUGAGGAGUAUUUUCAGCGAGCUGAUAUCCUCAAGAAUGGCACACUGAUGAUUCAUCAUGCGGGCGUGAAGGAUGCUGGCAUGUACCAAGCAACAAUACGAACCUUUGGUGUAAAAGUCAGCAGAACAGUCAAUCUAACAGUGACAAGACCAAGAGUCACCUCCACAUCUACUCCAGGAGUAGAAUUAUUCACCCUGGAAAGAGUCAUCACUGAGAACAUGAUGCGAAUGAUCGUGUCCUGCUUUAUCCUGUGCUUUCUUUGGCUGCUGGUGGUGGAGCAUGUUCAUAUGCUUGAAGAUGGCAACACCCCCCAAGGAAAGAAGGCUGUGAGCCAACGUGGGAGAUCCACUCUUGACUGGAGCUGACAAGUUACGAAUGGUCCUUUGUGGAUCAAGAAGUGCAGCAGGACACAUAACAGAAGUUGCAAAAUGCCCAUGAUGCAUCUGGCUGCCUUUGUGUCAUCAAGCCACUAUGCAGGAUUGCGCCAUGAGAGUUACUAGAGCUCUCAGCCACUCAGAGACUUGA